GCUCGUAUAAUUAACGACGCAGCUGGAUCUCUUGUUGCCUUUUGUAACAUCUCUCCCUCCCUCUCUGGCUCUGCCCAGCACAAUUCAGGUAUUUCCCUUCGCCACCCUGUCUUCCAUGUGUGACAUUUAGGUAAGGCUUUCUCUGUAGCUCUCUUACAUUCCUUGCUGGGACAACAGCCAGCAAGGUUGCCUGCUUCUGUGGAAAGGGCAAGCAAGGCCAAAUAUUCAACUGUUUCCCGACAGCAGCGAGGUUGCAGGGGAGAAAACAAAGCACCAAGGCCGGGAGAAAAGGCUACCCAGGAUGGAGACGGCAAGAGUGAAUGGGAGCAACGGCAAGCAAGAGGAGGUGAAGACCACCACCUCUCCCAAGAAGGAGGCAGAAGAAGGGAAGAAGUCUACCAGCCCAAUCAGGGGGGAGAAAGAUGUCAACAAAAAUAAUGCCAGUCCUUCAUUGGAGACAGGGCAGCUCAAAAAUUCAGUGUAUUCUGGGGGCGACUGGAAGAGGCCCAUCAUUCAGUUUGUUGAAUCAUCUGAUGAGAAGAGGUCAACCUACUUUAACGUAGAGCCCGCGGAGGCCAAAAAGCCAUCUUUCCCAAACAUGCAACUGGGGGAAACUCGGAGGCCACCGGUUUCCUUCCCAGAGAGAGGGGACCUGAGGAAGUCGAUCUACAAUGUGGAGACGAAAAAAACCUUCAUCAGCGAAGGGGAUGUGAAAAAGCCACUCUUUUCCAGUGGGCAGAUUGCAGACCUAAGGAAGCCCAAUAUCUCCCUUGGGGAUUUGGGAGAGGCCAAGAGAUCCAGCUACAACCGGGUGAGCAGAGGGUCCAGCUCAAGGCCCCGGGUGAAUCUCGAAGAGGUCCUCUGUGACUCCUGCAUCGACAACAAGCAGAAGGCUGUGAAGUCCUGCCUGGUUUGCCAAGCCAGCUUCUGUGAGCUCCACUUGAAGCCCCACUUAGAAGGGGCCGCUUUCCGGGAUCACCAGCUCCUAGACCCCAUCAGGGACUUUGAAGCCAGGAAAUGCCCUGUGCAUGGCAAGACGAUGGAGCUCUUCUGCCAGACAGACCAGGUCUGCAUCUGUUAUCUCUGCAUGUUCCAGGAGCACAAGAACCACACCACGGUGACGGUGGAGGUCGAGAAAUCCGGCAAAGAGACGGAGCUCUCUUUGCAGAAAGAGCAGCUUCAGCUCAAGAUCAUAGAGCUGGAGGACGAAGUGGACAAAUGGCACAAAGAGCGGGAUCGCAUCAAGAACUUCACUGCCAACGAGAAAUCUACGGUGGACCAGCAUUUCAAAGAGCUGAUCCGCGACCUGGAGAAGCAGCGGGAAGAAGUGAAGGCCGGUUUGGACCACAGGGAGAAGGUUGCCAUGGAGAACAUCAAGGAGAUUGUGGAGGAGCUGGAAGAAAGGGCUAAGCUAUUGCAAGAGGAUAAGGACACGAGGGAACAGAUCAGCCAGAUCAGCGAUUCAGUGCUCUUCCUGCAGGAAUUUGGAGCGAUGAUGAGGAGUUACACCAUCCCCCCCUCCCUGCCGACAUACAGCAUCCUGCUCGAGGGAGAGAACAUGAGCCCAGCUAUGGGGAUCCUGAGAGACGACCUCCUGAAUGUCUGCAUGAGACACGUUGAGAAGGUCUGCAAGGCAGACCUCAGCAGGAACUUCAUUGAGAGGAACCACAUGGAGAACGAACUUCAGAAGCGUUCUGCUGCAUCAGGCCAAAGGCCCAUCCAGUCCGGCAUUUGGAUUCCACCAACAGCCAGCCAGAUGCCAAAGGAUAGGAAAGCAAGCCAUAGAGGCCACAGGCCUUUGCUCGCCCUCAGCAAAGGCCCAGCACCAGUGAGUGGCCAGGUUGGGCACUGACUAAGAGACCCUGUGGCUGAGAGGGACCCCUGCUUCUGGAGCUGGGUGGGUGUAGCUUGCACCCUGCGACCUGAUGCUGGUGCAGAUUGUGGAACAGGAGCCACCAUCCCAGGCAACAACCCCCUGCUGCACGCAGGCUGGCCAUGCCACUUCUCACUUCACUGCAUCAGUGUGCCAUAUGCACAUGCUUGCCAUCAUCCAAGAUAACGGUGGGGCAUCAAUAUGCCCCCCACCAUCUUGGGUGAUGGCAGGCAUGCACAGCACACUAGUGCACUGAUGUGGCCAGUCCUAUUUAAGUCCCCACUGGUGGUGGUAGUGCCGCUGCAUCGCUUCUGCCACCUUCAAGGGCCCACAGCAAUCUGGUGCUGGCCCUGCUACUGUGCAACACAGCAGUUCAUAAUCACUUAUUAUAAUUGAUGUAAUUUCUGGUCACAUGAAUACUUAUGACAGUUGCUAGAUGUAUUAUCUACAUUUCAAAAAAAUCACAGGGAAUAUAAAACCUUAAUCUGUUUCACAUCUCAGAUACUUAUCUGUAAAAUGGACAUAGUAUUUCUCUGCCUCACAAGGAGCUGUGAUAGCAAAAAAUGAAUUAAAUCUUGGCAGCUUCCAGUGCUGAGAACCAGGCAGAAGCCUAGAUAGCUCAUCUCUGGCCCUCAGGAUGGAAUUUGCUUUUGCCCAGGGCAUCGGGGCUGGUGGGUAUGUAUGAGUAAUCACCCACCACCUUUCAAUUUGUGUGGAGAAGACAAGGAGUGGAGUAAGGCUUCUGUAGCAGAAAUAAAGCCUUUGAUGUGGCUCUUGAUGAAGGUUGCCAUGGAAACCCCAGAUCCUUAUCAUUUCAUUAAGAUCUGUAUCAAACAUGCCUCUUUUUGUUCCUUGGCAAAGGGUCUUACAAAUCUCUCCGGGCUUCAAACACAUCUAACGUGCCAAAGACAUGCUGGAACACUCCAAGGCAAUAAUCAGAUAUGAGGAUGCAGAUCAAAUGUGGAACUGGGGUUAAUGCAGUCAUGGGUGCAAUCUAAUCUAGUUUACUAAACCAGCAUUUGCAAAUUCUCACCAGUUUAAAACUGAAUAUCAAGAAGGGUGCUAGAACGGUAAGAGAAGAAGGUAUAUUUGGGCUGUGUGUGCAACAGGAGCGGAAAACUUGUGGCCCUCAAGAUGCUGUUGGACUCCGACUUCUGUUGGCCUAAAAAAGCAUGGCCAAUGGUUGGAGAUGAUGGGAGUUGUAGUCCAACAACAUUGGGGGGGGCACUGGUUCUCAACCCCCGGUGUACACUUUUAAUGGCUUUGUUGAGAGGAAAGGGGCAUAUAUGGCCCCAGGGACCUUACCAUUGCAUUAGUCAUGAUAACUUCAUCCCAACCACAUAGGCAAGCCAAUAUUCUCACAGCCCCAACUUCCUGCCUGUAAGAUGGAGAUAAAAAUCACUGGCCUGCCCUAUAGGGCUGUUGCAAGAGUUGCUGAGAUAAUGUACAUAAGCACUGGGAAUAAUUAACAAUGCUCUGCAAGCGCUGUUAUUAGUACUAGGGCCAAAAUGGCACAUGCUGCAUAGGUCCCAUUAAUAGAUCUUUUGACGCCACUGUUGAUAAGUAUUUAUGUGGCACUAUCCGUGUGCACAGAGCUUUGCAGAGUACCGAGGUUUUUUUUACUCAAAGCAGUCUUGUGGAGCCCCAAUUUGGCUCAGGAUCAUGGUGCUGAGGAAGGAAAGUUACACCAUCACAUGGUAUUGUUGUCACGUUCCUGUCUGACGUUAGAUCCCACAGAAAAAGCAGCAAGGCUGGUCAAAGGUUGCUGGAUCAUGCAUAGCUCUGAGUGAGCAACUUACUCUGGUGUAGGCUGGGAUCACAUUCAGGACUUUUGCGUCCCUGUCUCCAGACUACCUCCAACAGGCUCCAUCCCUCCUGUAGAGAGCUUCAGAGCCUUCAAGGGCCGACCCUGCGGUCUGAAGGUGGGCACUCCUCCUCUGUUCCACUCCCUCCUGGUGUACUCCCUGUGCUGCGGGGCUGGUGAUGUGCGGGAGGAAGCACCUGGUUCUUCAGGCUCAGGGGAAGGUAUCCAUGAGAGUCUGGGGUCUGAGAGAUUCCUCUGGGGGGUCUUGCCCAUCAGCCUUAGGUGCACUAAUCUCCCUAUCUUCAGCAGUCAGUUCUGAGCCCCAAACGUCACCCAGCUCCCCAUCUGGCACCCCUGCAGCCUCCGACCAUGUGUCGAGAUCACCACUAGAUUCAGGGGUCAUGAUAAUUUCCUUGACUGUGCCAUCGGCUAUAGAAGAGAAAACAUACCUUCAUUUCCCCUCUGUGAGUAAUAGUAGUUUUGGAGGGUGGGUCAUUUAUGUCAGGGAAAUGACCUCAGUUUGGAUCAGGGCACAAUGAGUGGCUUUUAUCAAAAGGAAAAGAAUGUGGAAGCUCCAUUCAGGGACCUCCCACGACAUUCAGCUUGGAGAGCAAGAUUAUUAGACCCAACAUAUCUCCCCAUGUUGGCUUUGAAUGAAGGUUAUGAGCAUCACUGUUCUUUUUUAGAUGGCUGUAGAGCUUUCAUUCUGCAUCAGGAGAAUUUAUACUUUCCUAAUACACUACAGUACAGUGAUUUUUGUUCUCUUGGCAAAGUGCACAGAGGCUUGGACAGUAUUCCCCCAAACGAUAAUAAAAAACCUUUUUAAUUGAGUAAGGAUGGAGGAACAAUUUGAUUCAGUUCACAUUUAAAGGCAAACCUACCUAAAUUGCCCUUUGCCAGGCAGUAUGUGAGCCGUAACACAGCAAUACUUCAAAAUUUGCACUUCUCUGAAUUUUGUAAUGCUGUUUUCCAGCCAGGUAAUGUAUACAAAAACGCAUAUGCUGCAGUAAAGUGUGCAUAAAACACAUAUAUUCAUGAAAAUAACAUAUAAAAAUGCAUUAUAAAGGAAAAUUGCUUUGUAAAAAUGUCCGUAUUCGGCAAAAUUGCAUACGAAAAUGCACAUAUCAGGGGAAAUUCACACUAAAAUGUUGAUGAAUUUCAUGAGGACUUUUUAAAAAUACAAACUGGUGUGGAGAACUGAACUUAAGUCUGGGAAAAGGAGAAACUGAGAAAAACCAAAACUGACAGAUUCGCCCAUCACUAAUUGGCCCUUCCCAUAAUAAAACCAAAUCUUGAUUUAAAGUGUCUAAAAGGCAGAGGGAUUACUUUUUUAAAAGUCAUGUGUCCAGCUUAGGAGGAAAAGAUUGCAUCCCCCUGUCAUGCCACACACACACACACACGCGACAAAACUCUGCCUACAUCACCCAUUGCUGUCCAGAAAAAAAAGAAAAAGGCUUUACCGUGUCUGGUUCUGUAAGUGAUGUCUCAUUGAGAGAGUGCUACAAUGCAAUUUUCACAGCUGGCCAAGUGCGUGGGGAGUUGCAAAGAGUGUAGAAAAGUGGACGCUUCCUCUACUACAAGUUGGAACAGAAGAGAGAAAGCAGAAGGAAGGGGACUCUGCUGGGACUGAUAAUGGAUGUUAGUAGGUGGUCCUAAAGUAUAGGUUAGGCCAUAAAAUGCCAGCUUCCAUGGGAUGCAGUUUCCUUCUGAUCAGAGGGAUUUCUGCAUGCAGACACGCAUUAGAUCACACAGGGUGCAAUCUGGUGCACUCCUGCGCUUGAAACACUGAUGUUUCCUAGCUUUCUGUUUGGUGGGAGAUGCCCCAGUGACAGGCCUGAAGAAAGAGAGAUCAAGCUCCUCUUCAAGCUGAGCUUUGCACAGUCUCCUUAUCCACUCUGACCUUUACCUAAGUCAGGAGUGGGCAACAUUUUUUUUCGGUCUGAAGGUCACACUCCCUUGUGGGUUACCUUCUGGAUGGCUGCGUGCCAGUGGUGAGUGCAGCCAGAUGAAAAAGUGGGCGGAGCCAUGGAUAUGACCCUUACCGCACUUACAGAAGGCUAUAUUCCAGCCAUGCAAAAACCAGAAGUAUAUAUAUAAGGAUGGAGGAGCCAUUUGAUUCUGUGACCAUUUUAAUGUGAACCUGCCUAAUUGAAGCUUUCUGAACCAAUACAGUAAAUGAACUGAAGCAAAAUUCACACUUCUCUGCACUAAACAGUUCUUUAACCCAUGUGUUCAAAAACUCAUGUGUUAGGGGAAAGUGUGCAUAAAAAUAAAUAUAUUAGUGAAAAUAACUUACAAGAAUACAUUAUAUUAGGGGAGCUUGCUUGGAGAAAAUGGGUACGCUAGUCACAACUGCAGACAUAAAUGUGUUUCUUAGGAGCCAUUCACACUAAAAAUUCUCAUGAGGACUGCAAAUUUCUGCAGAAAUGUGGAGAAUUGAAUUUAAGGUUGGAAAACUGAGACACAGAAAAUGCAACCCAUGGUCCCACUAUCAUCUAGCAGCAAGCAUGCAAAUGUGUAUAGCAGCUCAAAGAUAACUAUUUGCACCGGAUAGGACUUUUGGGGUUCAGAUUUUCAGGCUAGACCCAGGCAGCCACCAUGGGCUUCUCCACCAUUUUCUUCUUGUCUUAUGGCUAUUAUUCUCCCCCCCCCCCAAACAAUC